GAAUCUGUGAUAGCUAUUGGCGUGGGCAUCCAGAUGCGGGGCACGCCCACGCGCGGGUGUUAGAGUAGGGACGGGGGAGGGAGGAGCGGGAGGCGUGAAAGUGUUGUGAUUAUCAUUUCAGGCGUAGGACGUGUACAGAGAUGGGCUGUUUCCCAUGCUUCGACUCUAAACCGAAGGAGAGGAAGCCGCUGAAGAGGGACGACAACAACAGCAGCCGUGAUGGGCAAUCGGCAGCUGCCAACCCCGUCGCGCAAAUCUCCAAGCUUCCCUCAGGUAACUCGAAGAAAUACGACGCGAAGGGGUCUUUCGAUAAGAAGGAGCCGCAGCGCGAAGGGAGCACGCACAUCGCCGCUCAGACUUUCACGUUCCGCGAGCUAGCUGCGGCGACGAAGAAUUUCAGACCGGAGUGUUUGUUGGGCGAGGGAGGCUUCGGUCGCGUGUACAAGGGGCGUCUGGAGAACACCGGGCAGGUGGUGGCAGUGAAGCAGCUGGAUCGGAACGGGCUGCAAGGGAACCGAGAGUUUCUGGUAGAAGUGUUGAUGCUGAGUCUGUUGCAUCAUCCGAAUCUCGUAAGCCUGAUCGGAUACUGCGCCGACGGUGAUCAGCGGCUGCUGGUGUACGAGUUCAUGCCGUUGGGGUGCUUGGAAGAUCAUCUUCAUGACCUGCCGCAGGACAAAGAGUGCCUGGACUGGAACACUCGGAUGAAGAUCGCGGCGGGAGCAGCUCGGGGUCUGGAGUACCUGCACGACAAGGCGAACCCACCUGUAAUUUAUCGGGACUUCAAGAGUUCGAACAUAUUGCUGGACGAGGGGUUCCAUCCGAAGCUGUCGGAUUUCGGUCUGGCGAAGCUGGGUCCGGUGGGGGACAAGACGCACGUAUCGACGCGGGUGAUGGGGACUUACGGGUACUGCGCCCCGGAGUACGCAAUGACGGGGCAGCUGACGCUGAAGUCGGACGUGUACAGCUUCGGCGUGGUGUUGCUGGAGCUGAUAACGGGGCGGAAGGCGAUCGAUAAUUCUCGGGCGGCCGGGGAGCACAACCUGGUGGCGUGGGCUCGGCCGCUGUUCAAGGACAGAAGGAAGUUUCCGUCGAUGGCAGAUCCGAUGCUGCAGGGGCGGUAUCCAAUGCGCGGGCUGUACCAAGCUCUGGCGGUGGCGGCGAUGUGCUUGCAGGAGCAGGCGGCAACGCGGCCUCUGAUCGGGGACGUGGUGACAGCGCUGAGCUAUCUGGCGUCGCAGAUCUACGACCCCGGGGUGCACCCGCUGGGGUCGAGCCGGUUCGCACCGGCGACACCGUCCCGAGAGAAGCGGGAGAAGGAGAAGAAGAUGCCGCCGGGUCCGAACGCGAUCGAGGAGCGGAUGGUGAAGGAGCAGAGAGCUGGGAAAGCAGGACCACGGUCGCCGUCGGUGCGGUCGCAGGCAGCGUCUCCGGACCUGCGGGUGAAGGAGGGAGGGGCGCGAGCGCGGGUGACGAACGGAGUGCUGGAGGAGUCGCGGGGGUCGGAGUCAGGAUCGGGGAGGAAGAGGGACUCGGAGGAGUGGGAGAGGCACGAGGGGGGAGGGCGGGACAGCCCCGGAUACGCGGGGAGGACGGGGAGGGACGGGCUGAAGCCCCAGGCUCCGACUCGAGAACGCGAGCGAGCGGUGGCGGAGGCACGGGUGUGGGGGGAGAACUGGCGGGAGAGGAAAAGGGGGACGGCUUAGGAGAGUGAGAGUGAGUUGGGGCGGAGUGAAAUGGAUGUUGUUGGAGACAGGAGCUGGUAGAUGUGGGACAGCUGUGGUAUUCGAACUGAAUAGUCGAGCGUGCCGCAUACAUAAAUUUGAUCGCUCUUGAGAGGGAGUCGGUUUGGUUCAGUAUUGUGUAUCAACGAAGGCAUCAGGAAUCGCAGCUACAGAAAAAGAAAGAGGAAAAACAAAACAAAAAAAAAUUGAAAUGCGAACCUUGUUGUGAGAACUUUAGCGAAGGUGUUGCGUGGUGGCUGUCAGUGGAUGGCCUGUGGAUCGGGUGGAGUGGCGUUGCGGUGACUGAUGUUUGGAUGGGAAUUGGGGUGGCUGAAUGCGCACAUGAUGCAUGAGAUGCGGCGUGGUUCCUCCCGGACUGUUGGUGGUUGUGUUGGUUGCAUUCCUUGCUAUGGUAUGGGUAAUGCAGUGUUGGAUGAUACGUAUUGUGUUUGUUUGAAUGAUUUGGCGCACAAGUGGCAGGCGAGGAUGGGCGCGGGGACCUUUGAACGACUUCGUGUUGGGCGGGGAUUUCGUAUCGCCCGAUGCGAGGAUGUGAGACGUGUUCUCAGUUUGCGGCGUUUGGCGCGAACACGGUUGUCAGAGUCGUGAGCCCUCUUUUCGGCGGCGCCGAGGAGUGGGAUGUUUUUGGGGGCACCGUUUUUCGUUUUGAUGGUCGUUGUGGAACUGUGAGGCAUGGAUGUGUGCCGGCGCCUGCUGUACCGAAUCAUGUGUGAAGAUUCUCAAUCCGGUUUGGAGCUGGUGUGCCAUUGUGUCACGCCAUUGGCGGGCGUGAACGCCGAAGAGGCUGUGUGCGGGACAGGGUGGCCGCAACGAAGUCUGGGUGUUUUCAAUGAUACAACGCAAAGGGGCAUUUUUGGUUUUGAAUCGAACAUCGGGUUGUCAGGCUCAUAAUUUUUUGAAUCUGGCAGCUCGAGAGCAGCGUGGCCUCGUUGACAGUGGCAAUGUCGGAUUGGUCUGGUGAGCCUUCGAGAACGGAGGCUUGACGCGAGGGGGUUUGGCGUCGAAUGGUUACUGGGGUGGCAGCUGAGACCGGUAGGUCGGAUGAACAGACAACGGAAUGGUAGCAGCUUGGACUGCGUCUAUACGAUGUGGAAAACGAGGUUUGUUUUGGUGAGGUGCGUAGUGUGCGUUUCUGAAAGGGCCGGGAGGGGGGUCAAUUAGAGCGUUGGCUGCGCAGUGGGAUUCUGCACAAGGGUCGAGGCAGAAGGGGAUGAAGGACUUCCCCUGUGUCGAGGAAGCGUUUGAAUCUCACAUGAACAUCGACGCCGCAAUGCUCGAAAAGGCCCCCACUGGCCAGCCACAGCACCGAGGGUGGUUAUAGGGCUUGCUGCGAGGGAUACGCGACAAGAAACCACGUGUGACGGAGAGAAAUACGCAACAGAGAGAUGCGAUGUAGCAAAAUGGCUGGCAGAGAAUGAGGUGGUGAAUGGGAACGUGACAAGAGAUGCACGGCCGUAGCAUAUAAACAAGAGGUUUGGGCAUGAGUGAUACAGUUGGCAACGUUGGAUUAUUCGUUUUGAUAUUUUAUAUGCGGUGCAUCUGAACUGAGUAUUUUGAGUGUUUGGAUGAGCGCUCUGGCUGUUCUCAUGGCGGAUUGAUCCAUGGAGCCAUGCUUUGGCGGUACUUGUUUAUCUAUUUUUGACUUCAGUUGAGAUUGCCUAUAAUUUUUUGAAUUUAGUAUCUUUUCGACA